AUGGAGGCCAUCCUUGCUCGAGACCUGAAAGCAUGGCAGAGAGAUUUCAGACAAAAGAACGGUCGCGAACCGACGAAAAGGGACAUGGCCAAGCAUCCGGAGAUUGCGGGAACGUACGAGACGUGGGCGGCCAUCAAAUCUGCCAGCAAGGCGGGCCCUAGCAAGCCCAAGAAGGAAGGGUCUGCACCCGCAAACGAUGCGGUGUUCAAGACACCGACGAAGCGAGUGCGAUAUGGUGCGACUGGAGGCGCUGGUACAAGCGCAAGCUACACCCCCACAAAGCUCGCCACGCCAGCGAAUCCGAUCACACCGCCUCGGAAUCCAUUUGCGACACCUACCAGUCAGCGCAUCAUCGGCAAGGAAGCAGUCUUCUCGACGCCUGUGCGCGGCACGCGCGCUCCAAGUUCGGCUUCUUCAGCGCGCAGCGUAGUCCUCAACGACGUGCUGACCACUCCUUCCAGCGGACGUGGCCAGUACGCUUCCAAUUCGCCGACCGCAUUGCGCACUCUUCUCAGCAGCUCCCGCUCGCCAAACACCCGGGCACAUCUGAGGCAGAGACAGAGCACGCGCAUAGAGGAAGCUCUGCGCGCGACAUUUACGCCUCGCACAAAAGCUCGAAAACGUCUGCGAGGCGAAGAAGUGCCGGUCACGCCUGCAAGAAGCAAGCGGGCGAGGGGUGCUGGUCAGCUGGUCCAGAAUGAGCAGGUCGAAGAUGCAGGUGGAUCAAAGAGCUGGGCAAGGAGUCUCAGCUCGCCGGUCGCACCCAUGCACGCGGAUAACGAUGGCCUGUUUGCGUCUUCUCCGAAACGCGCUGCAAGCUUCAAGGCGCUCUUCGACCCAUCUCCUAUGGCGCGACGACGAGAUUCAUCGAUCGACACGCUCGCACGACAGCCUAGCUGGUCACCUCGGCCGAGCUCUGCAACACUACUGACAAGUCCAGCCGAGGCAGACGAGGCGGACGAGUCGGGCGCGGAGAGCGAUGUAGCACAAAUGACAAUGGACAACGCUGAAUUUGCGCUGAUCGAACGCGAAGAGGCAGAAGCGCUAGAGGCGGCGGCCAAGCGUGCAAACAGUCCCGCCGAGAUGCUGGUAAUUGAUGCAGAGGACGAAGAGGCAGCCGUUCAGAUACGUUUGCGUCAGUAUCAAAGGCGCGGCGCUCCCAGUGGCAACUACGACUAUAACGACGCCGAUGGAGACGUAUCCCGGUUGCUUGCGCGUCCCGAGCACUCCUCCGACCCUUCCUCAUACGCGACAGACGACGCCAGCUUUGCGUGCUUGACCUUGGCUUCGCCCCAGACGCGAGGUGCGCGGCAAGCGGCUCGAGCCAGGCAAGCGAGACAUUUCGAGACGCUCUUUGCGGCUGGACACGAAGCGCUGGAUUUGGAGGCGGAAAAGGCAGAGAUUGCGGCUGCGGCCGCGUCGAGCAAGCCAGGUCAAAAGAGCACGUGGGGCCACGCCAAGGGACGAGAAGCUCUGGAAGCCAAGAAGAGCGGGCCUGCCAAGGGCAAGGGAGCGAGCAUCAGAGCAUUUCCAAAGGCUCCACUUCCCGGGCAGAUACCCAAACCCGUUCGAAAAAGGGAGUUUCGGCGCGCUGGAAGAUCUGGCAUGGGGGAAGACGAAGUGUGUGUGCGGCGGCGGAACGACGCACAGGAAGAGGCGGACGAUGCGUCCUACGCAACGCGCGACGAGGACGACGAUUGGGCGAGCGAGGUCAGCAGCGUCGAGUACGGACUUGGCGAUGGAGAGAUGGAUCGCAUGGAUGUGCUUUGA